CAUCACCCUCUGGGAUUUUUGGUAAAUAUUGCACAAUAUUCUGCGAACACUUCGAUCCUCAGGUUCGUGAUGAUGUUCGCGGCGGUACCUGUGUCUUCUUCCGGAGGUUCCGGGGCGAAAAAUGAGGCUCCUAAAACGGACAAACUCUCCUCACCUUUGAUUUGCAAACCUUCAGAACUUCCUCUCUAUGAAUCCCUUCACGAUAAAGUCAAGAAGGAUUGCGGUUGCAAGCAUGCAGAGUCAUCCUCAGGCUCCUACAAGUCUGAGAUAGAAGGUGCCAUCAGGGUGGUUCGACAGGAGAUUGGGGAAGCUGCGAAGAUGGUCAGUAGCAACAGGAAGCAAUUGACUGAUGCAUAUGAUAAGGCCAAAGAUCAAACUAUCUUCAUCAGGAAUUACUUGAAUGAAGAGCAGAAUACUAUCCCAAGGAUUGGUGCUGUGGCAAUUGGUGGUCUUACCGGUUUUAUCUUUGGACUUCGUGGAGGACUCAUCCGGAGACUGUUUUAUGGUUCUUUGGGAGCUGGAGCCAUUGCAGCUGUUUGCUAUCCAAAAGAAGCAGAGAAACUCUCCCAUGAAGGAUUAGGUGAGCUCAAGAGGUAUUCAACAAUUGCCAUUAACUUUGCAUAUGGCGUAAAACCGGGAGAUGAACAAAUCAAUCUGCCGAAGAUCCCAACAAGUCUCGAUGAAGUGAAGGAGAGCCUUUCAGGACUGGCCAGCUCGACUAAGAAGGCUGUGUUCCCGGAAAAAUAAUCCAAAUGGACAGUCCAGGGGUAGAAUUGUACAUUGUAGUCAAUAAAUUGAUUGAUAAAUGAUGCAA